AUGGAAGGCUCAAUUCCAGAAAUAGAUGUACUCAAAGUUGAAAGAAAGCCAAAAAAAUUAAGGGAAGUUGGUGAAAAAUGGGGUUGUUUUAGAGUGGUAAAUCAUGGGGUACCCCUUAAAUUACUAGCAGAUAUGAAAUCAGCUGUAGGACAAUUGCAUGAUCUUCCACUUGAAGUCAAACAGCAGAAUGUGGAUGUUAUCCCAGGGAGUGGGUAUGUAGCUCCAUCUGAAAAGAACCCACUUUAUGAAUCCUUAGGACUUUUCGACGUUGCUUCUUCGGCCUCGGUCUCUACCUUUUGCUCUCAGCUUCGAGUUUCUCCCCAACAAAGGUACAUGUAA